AGCGAGCGGCGGACGCGCGGGCCGCUCAGAUUCGCACACGGUUUUUAUCGAUAACUCCUUGAUUAAUCGAUCGUUAUCAUCCAGUUAUGGUAAUAUAAUUGUUUAAAUUUUGAAACAGUGUUUAGUCAAGUGCAGUGGAGAGACUGCGUUUUGUAUUACGAGGUUUUAAAGACAUCAUUCUGGAGCUGGACUUACAUCAACGUGCCAGCGGUCACUUCAUGAGUGCCGCUGGCGCGAUGUGCGACCGGACGGGUUUCGCAAGCUCCAUGGGCCAUUUUCCCAUGGGCAUGUCGGCCAUGGGAGCCAUCGGUACCAUGGGCUCGAUCUCCGCCAUGAACGGCCAAUCACAACAGAAGAAGGCCCAGGAAGAGCACAUAAAAAGGCCCAUGAACGCCUUCAUGGUCUGGUCAAGGCUGCAGAGACGGAAGAUCGCACAGGAUAACCCAAAGAUGCACAACUCGGAGAUUUCAAAGCGAUUAGGUGCAGAAUGGAAACUUUUGACAGAAGACGAGAAGCGGCCAUUCAUCGACGAAGCAAAGCGACUUCGUGCGAUGCACAUGAAGGAACACCCAGACUACAAGUACCGACCGAGAAGAAAACCCAAGACUUUGAGGAAGGAAGGUUAUCCGUACUCAAUACCGUACCCCAGUGUACCUAUGGAUGCUUUGAGAGCUGGCAUGGCAGGCGGCGGUAUGGGCCAGGCUAUGGGCGGUUACUACGGCGCGGCAUAUGGUCCGCUCGGCGCCAGCAUGGCUGCAGCAGCUGCAGCUGCUGCACAGCAGAACGCUAUUUCCGUCGCACUGACGCCUAAUGCUCAGGUCGGUUCUUCAAUGGACAUGUCGAAGUAUUCGAUGGAAGCAGAAAAGUACAGAAGUUACGGUAUGUACCCUGAUCCUUCACGAGGGUACCUCGACUCGGCAGCUCUGUCCAAAGCCUACAUGGACCACUACAUGGACCAGCAACAGCAAAGGUCCUACCCCAUGGACAUUAGUAAGAUGUACUCAGAAGCGUCUGCAGCUGCUAUAGCUGGAUUAAGUUCAGCUGUUACUUCAAAUUCCAUGAAUUCUGCGCCUUCAAGUCUUUCUCCAAGGUCACCAGCAGAAUCUCCUGAUAUGACACCUAAAAAUGACCGUAUUGAAGGAAGUUCUUCCGGAUCGAACUCUUCUCCGUCUUUGCCGUAUUAUCAGGGAUCACCGAGUCUUCUAAUGCCUCAAUAUCCUGGGCAGUACACGCAAAGUGCGCAGGGAGGGUCUGAGUUUCGGAGGCCAUUGACUGUUAUAUUUUGACCUGAAUAGUAGUUUCUUGAUUCAGGGAUUGAAUUAAGUUUUGAAGUUUGUGUUGAGGCUAUGUUAUGUUUUUAAAUUUUUUAAACCAAGAAGUAGACUUGCAUUUUUUUUUGUUUCGUCUUGGAAUGGGUAUGAUCAUAUUUUUGUUUUUUUUUCCAGAAUGUACUAGUUUUUUGCUCAAGAAGUUGCAUUGUUUCUCAAAGUUCCUCUUUGAUUUUUAUCUUGUAGAUCUAUGUACUUAGUUUAAUGUCUUGUUGGUAUCGUAAACAUUCCAUUUUAAUGCGUGUAUAAUUGUAAAUAUAAUAUUGAAUGUAACUUUAUCAAGUAUAGGUUUAAGAGAGAUUAGAAGUUACUUCUCAAGCGUAUAACGUUUUUGUGUUAUAUUGUCUUUUUUAUGGUACCUAGUGGCGGGACGGUGAAGGCUUUGGUAAGCGACA